GAGGGACGGGACCGGGGCGGGGACCGGGGAUAACACGGCCCGGGGAGCAGCGGGAUCGCGGAACAGAGGCCGGGGCAGCACCGGGAGCAGCGCUGGGGACGGUACCAGGGCGGUACCGGGGGCAGCACCGGAGGCAGCCGGGAACGGAACCCGGGCACGGGGACAUGCGGAGCGACUGUCAGGAGCAGCACCGGGGACCGUGCCGGGCCCUUGGAGCAGGGGUUCCCUUUCCUGAAGCUGCCUUGGAUGGAGCGAGCCAACGAGCUGCUGGACCCCAAUCCUCAGCCAGGAAAAGAAGGGGAGACCCUGGGAGACCCCCUUGCAGCAGCAUGUGCCGCCAGAAUGAAGGAAGAGCCGAACCUGAAGCGAGAAAGUUCUGAGCGAGGGCACGGAGUUGCAAAACAGGAAGGAAAUGAGAGCAAGACGAGGCUGGGAGAGGAUAAACUCAUCACUCACGGAGGAAACCAAAAAAUCACCAAAGAAUCCAAAGCCCAGUACAGAACCGCAACCAGGGAUAAGAAGUACAUGUGCAACGAGUGUGGAAAAAGCUUCGGGCAGAGCUCCAACCUUAUUGUGCAUCAGCGGAUCCACACCGGAGAGAAACCUUAUAAAUGCCACGAAUGUGGGAAGUGCUUCAGGCAGAGCUCAAACCUCAUCGUCCACCAGAAGACUCACACAGGAGAAAAGCUCUACGAGUGCCCCAAGUGCCAGAAGUGCUUCCCAGACAGGUCACUGCUUAUCAGGCACAAGAGGGUCCACAUAGGAGAAAAACCUUUUAAAUGCCAGCAGUGCAGGAAAAGCUUCCUUCACCAGUCGAGACUUCUUGUCCACGAGAAGGUGCAUGUAGGAGAACAACUCUGCCAGUGUACUGAGUGCGGGAAACACUUCAGGGAAAAAUCCAAGUUGCUGCAGCAUCAGCGGCAGCACAUGGGAGAGCGACGCUACAAGUGCUAUGAGUGCGGGGAGGAGUUUGGGCAGAGCUCGGACCUCAACCUCCAUCAGAGGAUCCACGUGGAGGAGAAGCUCUACCAGUGCUCCACGUGCAAGAAGUGCUUCAAGGACAGGUCCACCCUCAUCAGGCAUGAGACGGUGCACACAGGGGAAAAGCCCUACAAAUGCCACGAGUGUGGGAAGAGGUUCACCCGCAGCUCGGACAUCAUUGUCCACCAGCGGACACACACCGGGGAGAAACCCUUCCAGUGUCCCGAGUGCGGGAAGAGUUUCAGCCACCGGUCAAAUCUUUUCCGACACCAGAGGAUGCACACAGGGGAGAAGCCGUAUAAGUGUGAAGAGUGUGGGAAGCGAUUCGGGCAAAGCUCAGAGCUUAUCGUCCACCAGCGGACCCACACCGGGGAGAAGCCCUACCACUGCUCUGAGUGCGAGAAGUUCUUCAGAGGAAGGUCAACCCUCUUCAGGCACGAGAGGCUGCACACAGGAAUCAAGCCAUACGAAUGCAGUGAGUGCGGGAAAAGCUUCGGGCAGAGCGGAGACCUCAUCGCACACCAGCGCUUCCAUACAGGUGAGAAGCCCUACCAGUGCUCCCAGUGCCGAAAGUUCUUCAGCAACAGGUCCAGCCUCGUGCGGCACCAGCGGCUCCAUGCUGGUGAGAAGCCCUACAAGUGCCACGAGUGCGAGAAGAGCUUUGGGCAGAGCUCAGACCUCAUCGCCCAUCUGCGGACUCACACUGGGGAGAAGCCCUACCCCUGCCCGGCCUGUGGGAAGAGCUUCAGCAGGAAAUCCAACCUCAUCGUGCAUCAGAGGGUGCACAGAGGGCUUUGCAAGUGCCAGAAAUGCGGGAGAAGCUUCCAGCCCAACUCACAUUUUGGCAUGACAGUGGGGAAGGACUCUCGCCAGUGCCCCCAGUGUGCAGAGGGUUUUGAGAAGGGAUCAAACCCCAUCGAACACCAGAGAUAACACCAGGGAGAAACAGCUUUGCGAGUGCUCCAAGCAGUGAAGGAGUUUUGGGAAGAGUUGAGAUGCUGUACAUGAAAGAGAAAAAAUCAGCGCUUCUCCUAAAUAAAAUUCUUCAAAGACUGCAAAAGUGGGGAAAAAAAAAUAACCCCACCCCAUGCAAAUGAUCUAAAGUAGGCUGAUGACUAAAUAAUGUACUUUUUUUUAAUGCUAAUUAUUUCCUCUUAUUAUUGAGUUUACUCAAUAGGUCCAUGAUCCACUCACUCCCACCACUCCUCAGUCAAACCAUCUCCUGUUUCAGGCUUUACGUCAUCCCAUCAUCUGUCUUUAAAGCCUUUAAAUCACCCUUCCUUAAAUCCUUUGACAUUUUCCAGGCUGGGUACCUUUCAGCACCUCAAAGAUACUGUAGAAGUCCAUCUUCCUCUGCACAUCCUUCCCUCGCCUUUGUAUGUAUGCACCUCAAUAAAAAAGGGCCCUCUGUUCCUAAGGAAUAUCA